AGUGAAAACUUCAGUAUGGUCGCAUCUCUUUGGCAAAGUGUCUCUCGAAAAAGAGUUUUGUGCGAAACAAUAAGGUGGAACAGGUGAAAAAAGUGUGAUUUUUGUGUUAAAAACAUACAGCAAUUGGGGUUUGGGACGCAUGGAUCAACUGGAUGCUGUUAAAUUUACAAAAUUGUGGAUAUAUGGUGAUUUUUUCGCACAAUUUCUGCCGUACACAUUUGUCGCCAUCGAGUGGCCUGAGAAAUAAAAUGGCGACUGAAAAUUGAGAGAUUUUUUUAACAUUGGGAAUGUUGAGAAAAUUAUUGUGAAAAUUCCCAUCAUCUCUGCUAAUACUAAUAAUGCCAAAACCAUUUAAAGUGUUUUAUUGUGAUAGAGAUAGGAAUUUUGGUGGAAAAAUCAUCCGACACAAGAGAUAUUCGUAUUUUUUUACGUAAUCAUUAAAAUGAAUCAGGAUAAGGAGGACAAAAGUGAUUCUGACAAUGAGUCAAGCAGUGAAAAUAGCAAAAGCGAAUCAAGUUCAGAAUCUGAGAGUGAGUCGGAUUCUGGGAGCUCAAGCUCAGGAUCAAGUCAGAGGUCAGAUGGGUCAAAGAGUGAGAGUACUGUUAAGACCCCAUUAAAUCAGUCCAAGGAUGAUAAGUCUCAAAAUACGUCCGAGGAAGAGAAUACGGGCAAAAAUAGUGAUGAGGAUGAAGAUGAGGAAGAGGAAGAGGAGGAGGAUUCAAGUGAUGAUGAUAUCUACACAAAUACCCGCACAGGAAAUCGCGAAGAUUACCAGAAUUCCGAAAAAAGUAGUCCCGAUGAUGAUGAGGACUACAAAUACAGACGAAAACCACCCCCGAAGAAGAGACCACCGGCUACGAAAGCCCCAAGUCGACCCAAAAAGAAAAACAACCGAUGGCAUUCAGGUACAUCGGAGAGUGCUAGUGAGAGUGAAGAAGAUGCUACACCAUAUCGUCGUCCGGUGAGUUCAUCCAAGAAGCGUCCAGCCAAGAAGAGGGUAAAGAAUGCCAACUACUCAUCGGACUAUAGUGAUAGCGAUGAGGGUGGAAAGCGUGGUGGUUCCAGGAGAGCCGCCACGACAACAGUGAGCUACAAGGAGGCGAGUGACGAUGAGAAGACUGGAUCUGAAGAUUUAAUCGAUGUGGAUUACGAUGAGUCUCCGCCAGCUGAUACUGAGGCUAAUAAAUCCGAAACAAUUGAACGGAUUAUUGGUCGUAGGGAUGGUCGUAAGGGUAUUACGGGAAAUCAGACAACGGUGUAUGCCAUUGAGGAUGCUGGUGGUGAUCCCAAUGAUGAGGAUGAUGCGGGAGAUGAGUGUGAGAAGGAGGAGCAGUAUCUGAUCAAAUGGAAAGGUUGGUCACACAUUCACAAUACGUGGGAGAGUCAGGAAUCACUGAAGGAGCAAAAAGUCAAGGGUAUGAAGAAAUUGGAGAAUUAUAUCAAGCGUGAGAGGGAUAUUGAGAUAUGGCGUAAGAAUGCUGGUCCAGAGGAUAUUGACUAUUUUGAGUGUCAGAUGGAAUUGCAGCAGGAAUUACUGAAGAGUUACAAUAAUGUUGAUAGAAUAAUUGCACAGACGGUUAGAAGUGAUGGUGGUAUUGAUUACUACUGCAAGUGGGAAUCUCUGCCGUAUGCAGAAGCCACAUGGGAAGAUGCUAGCCUAGUCAGCCGAAAGUGGCAACAGAAAAUCAGUGAAUUUAAUGAUCGUGAGGGUUCAAAGAAGACCCCAUCGAGACACUGCAAAGCACUGAAGUAUCGACCAAAAUUCCAUCAUCUCAAGACACAACCGGAUUUUCUUGGGAUUGAUCGUGAUCUCAUACUGCGAGACUAUCAAAUGGAUGGUUUGAAUUGGUUGAUAUUGUCAUGGUGUAAGGAGAAUUCGGUGAUAUUGGCGGAUGAAAUGGGUCUGGGAAAGACCAUUCAGACCAUCUGUUUUCUCUUCUAUCUCUUCAAAGUGCAAUCUCUCCAUGGACCAUUUCUCUGUGUUGUUCCACUGAGUACGAUGACAGCAUGGCAGAGAGAAUUUCAACUGUGGGCACCGGAAAUGAAUAUCGUGACAUACUUGGGUGAUGUACAAUCACGUGAGAUUAUACGGCAGUACGAAUGGUCAUUUUCACCGUCAAAACGACUAAAAUUCAAUGCAAUUCUGACAACGUAUGAAAUUUUGCUGAAGGAUAAAACAUUUUUGGGUUGUAUCAGUUGGGCUGCUUUACUCGUUGACGAGGCGCAUCGUUUGAAGAACGAUGACUCGUUGCUGUACAAAGCACUCAAGGAUUUUGAUACAAAUCAUCGACUACUCAUAACGGGAACACCCCUACAGAAUUCUUUGAAGGAAUUAUGGGCUCUACUGCACUUCAUAAUGCCAACGAAGUUUGAUACAUGGGAACACUUUGAACGAGAACAUGGCAAUGCAGCAGACAAAGGGUAUACCAAGUUGCACAGUCAACUUGAACCAUAUAUUCUAAGACGUGUCAAGAAGGAUGUGGAAAAGAGUCUUCCGGCUAAGGUGGAACAGAUACUGCGUGUGGAGAUGACGUCAAUUCAAAAGCAGUACUACAAAUGGAUACUAACGAAGAACUUCAAUGCAUUGCGAAAGGGUGUCCGUGGAUCACAGUCAACCUUUCUCAAUAUUGUCAUUGAAUUGAAAAAGUGCUGCAAUCAUGCAGUUUUGAUACGUCCACUUGAGUAUGAGGCACAGAUGACGCAAGAAGAUGCAGCUCAGCAACUUCUCCGGGGAUCAGGGAAGCUGGUACUGCUGGAUAAAUUGCUGUGUCGACUACGUCAAACUGGUCAUCGUGUACUGAUUUUCUCACAAAUGGUGAGAAUGUUGGACAUUUUGGCGGAAUAUCUGCAAAAGAGACAUUUUCCCUUUCAACGUCUCGAUGGGAGUAUCAAAGGGGAAUUGCGUAAACAAGCCCUUGAUCACUUCAAUGCUGAGGGAUCGACAGAUUUUGCCUUCCUCCUGUCAACCCGAGCUGGAGGAUUAGGUAUCAACCUCGCUACAGCAGACACAGUGAUUAUAUUCGAUUCAGACUGGAAUCCACAGAAUGACCUACAAGCACAGGCCAGAGCUCACAGGAUAGGUCAGAAGAAUCAAGUGAACAUCUAUCGAUUGGUAACAGCGAGGAGUGUAGAGGAAGAAAUUGUCGAGAGGGCCAAACAGAAGAUGGUUCUCGAUCAUUUGGUAAUACAACGAAUGGAUACAACGGGUAGGACAGUUUUGGAUAAAGCAAGUAAUAGCAAUACAACACCCUUCAACAAGGAAGAUCUCUCGGCAAUUCUCAAAUUUGGCGCUGAAGAACUCUUCAAAGAUGAACAGGAGAAUGAUGAUGAUUUGGUGUGUGACAUCGAUGAGAUUCUCAGGAGAGCCGAAACAAGGGAUGAAGCACCAACAAUGGCCGGGGAUGAACUCCUGAGUGCCUUCAAAGUAGCAAGUUUUGCAGCAUUCGAGGAGGAUAAACAGCAAAGUCCAGUAGAUGAUAAUGCUGAUGAUCAACAUGAUGGUGAUACAAAAGAUUGGGAUGAUAUAAUUCCAGAAGAUUUCCGAAAGGCCGUUGAGGAGGAGGAAAAAAAUAAAGAGAUGGAAGAUUUGUAUUUGCCACCGAGGAGAAAGACUCUGCAUCAACUCAAUCAGGCAGAUGACACAGGAACUGGAUCAUAUGGGGGAAAGAAGAAGCGUAAGCGUCAAACUGAUGAUUCAGAUGAUGGUAGUGAAGCUAGUGCAGAAGAUCGGCCUACGAAGAAACGUGGAAGACCACCGAGUAAAGAGAAGAUUCUCAAUUUCACAGAUCAGGAACUGAGGAGAUUCAUCAGGAGUUACAAGAAAUUCCCAGCACCACUCAAGAGGCUAGAGGCAAUUGCUUGUGAUGCAGAGCUCCAGGAGAAACCUCUGGCGGAAUUGAAAAAGAUGGGUGAGUUGUUGCGUAAGAGAUGUGUUACAUUUCUGGAUGAACAUUCCAAAGAGAAUGACAAUGAUACGAACGGCGUAAAGAAGAGAGGUGCACGAGCUGGCUUCUCGGUGAAAUUUGGUGGAGUGUCAUUCAAUGCACGCACCUUGAUGGCCUGUGAAGAGGAACUUCAGCCACUGGAUGAGAUGAUUCCAGGUAGUGCUGAUGAGAGACUCAAAUGGGUUCUGGAUAUAAAGACACGUCCGGCAAAUUUUGAUGUUGAAUGGCGUGUGGAGGAAGAUUCGAAGCUUCUUUGUGGAAUAUAUCAGUAUGGUAUUGGAUCGUGGGAAGCCAUGAAGAUGGAUCCAUCACUGGGAUUAUCUGAGAAGAUUUUGUCAAAUGAUAAUAAAAAGCCACAGGCGAAGCAUUUGCAAUCUCGUUCUGAGUAUCUUCUGAAGAUUAUUAGGAAGAAUGUGGAAUUGAAGAAGGGUAUUAUGAAGCAAAAGAGACCAAGAAAAGCUAGAGAUGCGACAAAGAUUGUGUCUAAGGAGAUUGUUGAGCAUGAGGAUAUUUCAUCGGGAGACGAUAAGAAGAAUGUGAAGAAGGAGAAGAGAAUCUCCGAAACGGAUACGAGUGUUAAUAAUGUCGAAGAAAAUUCGAAUGGUGUUAAGGCUACAGUUGAGAAGAAGACAAAAAUGAAGCAUCAGAAGGAAUCGAAGAAGGGUAAAAAGAAAAAUUCUGAUGGACCAAUGCACUUUACAGCCAACAAUGAGCCACGUGCUCUUGUUGUUCUGGGUGAUCUUGAUCCAUCGGUGUUCAAUGAGUGCAAAGAGAAGAUGCGUCCGGUGAAGAAAGCCCUCAAGGCUCUCGAUAAUCCCGAUCAGAGUCUAAGUACUCAGGAACAAGUUAAUCAUACACGAGCCUGUCUUCUCAGUAUUGGAAAACAAAUUGAUGAAUGUUUAUCACAUUAUCGUGAUCCGGACAAAGUUAAAGAAUGGCGUAGCAAUUUGUGGUAUUUUGUGUCAAAAUUUACGGAAUUUGAUGCAAAGAAAUUGUUUAAAUUGUACAAACAUGCCCUCAAGAAGAAUGAUGAUAAAACGACCGAUGGAACGGAAGCAAAUGCCAAACCAUCACCCAGCAAAGGGACAAAGAAUGAUGCAACGAACACCAAUGACUCUGAAGUCAAAAAGGGAUCGAGUUCAGAGAGGAAACGCGAGAGGAAGGAUAGUAAAAGGAGACAUCAGCAAGGUCCACAGCAACAGAGCAGUGGAACAUCCUCGGGAGUCAAUAGGACGAAGGAUGGGAGAAUGGACCAGAAGAUGGAAGCCAACACGAGUAACAGUGUUGAUGGGAAUAGGAGUGAGAUGGAUGGGGUUAAGAGACGCCUGGAGGAGGGUGAAUGUGAACCUGAUGGAAAGGAAACGAUCAACUACAAAAGACUGAACACGGAUUCAAGAAUCCGCGAUAAGGAUGAUAGGAAAAAGUGGGAUGACUACAACUCAGGAAAUGAUCGAAUAAGAAAUCGGCGAAAUUCAGGAUGUCAGUUAUCCCCAUUGAUGUCCCUUCCACGAGCCGCCCCCAUUUCGUCGGUUAAUCAGAGAGUUCCUAUGUAUCCGGGUGAUCCACGAGAUACACGACUUCCUUACCCAGAUACGUCGUUGGAACCUCGUUGGAAUGUCAGAGAAAGAUUUAAUGAUCACAAGAGAUAUGAAUACGGAAGACCUCCGGGAGGAUAUCACAGGGAUCGUGAUCAUCGCGAUAGAGAUCGCAGAAUUGAUAAAAGAAGUAGAUACCCAUCAGGACACGGAAACUACGGAAGUGGUCUCUACCUGCCAACAGGCUCCUAUUACCAAUCUCCAGCCGACAUGGCGCCCGGCUACCGGGAUCGAUAUGCCCCACCGGGUGGAGGCUCAAUUGAUUGGAAUAGAGACCGAGAGUAUGUCGACUACCGUCGAGACUACGACAGACGACAACCGCCGGCCAACUCGCAGUAGUGCGUCGCGUCGGCGGAAAUGAGAAAAUUUAAAGGAAAAAAACAACACAUUUAAAAGAAUAGUUGAAAUAGGGUUUAAAUGUUAAGAGAAAUCAAUUGAAAAAAAAAUAUUACAGUAAAUUAAUAAUUUUCACAAACUGAAAUUUCAAUUCUCAACAUUGAAGGAUUUUUCUUUCUCUAUCAGGAGGAAGAAUUUAUGAUAUCUCUGUUUCCCUCUCUGUGCAUUUUCUUUUCUACAGUUUGACCGUGAAGGGGGAGGACAGGAAACAAAAAAAAACAUGCAAAAGAAUAAAAUGUGUAUUAUUGUAAUUUAGUGAUGGCGUGUUUAGUGAGAUUUGGGGGAACAUGUAUUGAUGGAUUAUUUAACAGAAAAGGAUUUUUAGAGAUGGAAUAGAUUUUUAGCAUGAAUGGGUGCAUGAAAUUCCAAUUAAAAAAGAAAUAUAAUGGAAAAUUCUUUGGAAGCAAAGAAAUCUGAAAUGCGUGAAUACCGCGUAGGGUUAUCUAAUUUAAAUGACACUGGAGAUAGUAAAAAAGAAAAUGAAUUAUUGUAAAUAAAAAAAUACAAUAAAGAGAUAAGUUUUAAGUUUGCCAAUAAAGAAGAAAAGAAUAAAAUUACAUAGAAAUUCAA